AUGCCCGCCGCCACAUCGUCGUCGUCAUCGAACAACAACAACACCGGGAAGAAGAAAAAGAGUUCCGAAACCACCGCCAAGAAGACGAAAGGAGGAAAGAAAGAGCGCGCUUCGUCGUCUUCCUCUUCUUCGAAUUCGGCAAAGACGGGAGGAGAGCAUUCCUCUUCGUCGUCGUUCGUCCUUUCCGAACUGCAAACGAAAAUCGUAAGAUUGGAAACCGAACUCGCGAAAGAAGCGGCGUAUCGAAACCACGCGCAGUUGGAACGAGACAAAAUAAACGCGUUUUGGGAGAUUUCUAAACGAGCUUUGGAGCGAAGCGAAUCGAUCGCGCGAGAGUACGAGAGACGCAUCGAUGACGUGGAAGAUGAAGCGGACGUUCGAGUGCGAGCGAAGGUGCAACAGAUUAAACACGAGCAGAAAGAAAACGAAGGGAAGGUUGACCUUUCGCGCGCGGAGAGUACCGAGGCGAUCAGGGAGGCGAAGAGCACGUUCGAGAAGAGAGUGGAGGAGAUGAGAGAGAAAAUACGCAAAGAAGAGAGGAAGAUUGCGGAGAGGGAGGUGAAAUGUCAAGAAAUGGUGAGGAAAAGCGAGAUUGAGCGGAUGAAAGAGAUUACGAAGUUGCGCGUGGAGUUUGAGGAGAAGAGGGAAAAGGAACGCGAGGUCGCCGCGAGGAGGGAGAGGAUGCACUUCGAAAAAGCAGAGCAGACUUUAGCGGAGACAGUGGAGCGAUUGACGAAGAGCAAAGAGAAACAGCUUGACAUUUUAGAGAAGGAAAGCGAAGAGCACAUGAAGAAGACAGAACUGUAUUAUCGAGGGUUGAAGGAAUCCGCCGAGGCGAAGACGGUGGAGUUAUCCGCGAGAAUCGCAGAGUUGGAGAGGAGGGUGUACCACGCGGAAACGGAGGCAAAGCGAGCAAAAGCGAAAGCCGAGGCUUCCGAAACGCCCGCAAAGCUCGCCGAGGCAAAGGCGGAAUGCGAGGAGAAGAAGCGAAUUCGCGCCGAGAGGAAAGUCCAACGCCUCGAUUUCCUCGAAAAAUCGAUUAAAACGUGCGAAGAGAAACGAGAGGUGGCGGAAAAGAACUUGGAAAGAGCGAUACAACAGUUCGAGGUGGUUGCCGCGGAGAACGCAGAAUUAAAAUCAGCGUUGUUUCUCCGCGAGAAAACAACCGCAAGUGGAGUCGUCCUCGGGAGAAGUGCAUCGGCGAGAACUCCCGGAACGACGAGAGUCGCCGCGGCGUAG